AAAGGUGAAUGACAUGCGCCAAACUACAGCGAAGGAGAAUUUUUCCUUUUCUGCGCGCCACUUUUUUUCGAGGAUGUAAACAUAAACAUUUUGCGGCAUUUUUGAAUUGGCAUCCUUUUCUCCAAUGUGCUUAUGACUGUUCUUGCGAUUUCGUCAUGCUUAUACAGAAAUUGAAAUAUGCCGCUUUCUGGUUUCAAAGUUUUACAUCAUUCAUACAGAUCAUUUAUUUUUAUUGCAAGCAAUCAAACGAAAUUAAUUUCACUCGCUACUAAUUUGAGAUUUAAUUUUUUAAGAUAUUACUGUAGUGAAAGCAUAACUGUCACAUUUAAACUGCCUGAUGGAACUCUGAUAAAAAGGAGUGGAAAAGCUGGAGAAACUGUUAGAUCAACAGUGAAAGAAGAUGAUCCAGAAUUUCCAGGAUAUGGAAGUUGCAGUGGAGGCAUCAGUUGUGGAGGCUGUCAUGUAAUUCUUUCAAACGAUGACUUUGAGAAACUUGGUGAGCCAGGAGUACUAGAGGCAGAUGAAUUAGAUAAGGCCCAUUUUCUCACUCCUACAUCACGUUUGGCAUGUGCCAUGAAGCUUGGACCAGAAAUUGAUGGCAUUGUAUUGAAGAUCCCAAAAUUGGAUAAAAAAUGAAGCGUACUCACUGUUCAUCUUUUAUACAAAAGAUGAUGUGCACUUCUAGUCAAUUACUCUUGGGUAUUCCUCAAAGAUGAUUUUAAAUAGAUCUCGGAACCACUCUUGGCUCAUAGUUACAAUAUAUCGACGUAAUUCAUAUUAGUAAAGAAGAUUCUGAAUUGAUAAAAAAUGAAGCUUACUCACUGUUCAUC